AUGCCUGAAGAAAAAUCCAUCCUCAACUGGGUUUCCCCCGGCGACAAGACGGGCGAAUUCAAACGCCAGCAGUCGGUGUUUCGGUCUUGGAUCUCCACGGCGCCGGAUGCGGAAUUUCCCCCAGAGAAGAACCGCUACCACCUCUAUGUCUCCUAUGCGUGUCCGUGGGCGCACCGAACGCUCAUCGUGCGCAAUCUCAAAGGCCUGCAGGACAUCAUCCCGUUCACGUCUGUGCAUUGGCACAUGGGGUCCAAGGGGUGGCGGUUCGCGGAGCCCGGAGAGGAUGUCGCGGGAGCGAAUACAAGCCCGGAUCCAGUUCACGAAGGCUUCACACAUCUCCGGGAUAUAUACUUCGAGCAGAACCCCGAUUAUGAGGGUCGAUUCACAGUGCCGACGCUGUACGAUGUCAAGGCGAAGAAAAUUGUGAGCAACGAGAGUAGUGAGAUUAUCCGCAUGUUCUACACUGCGUUCGACGACCUGGUCGCAGACGAGUACAAGAAGGUGGAUUUAUUCCCGCAGAAGCUGCAGAAGGACAUUGAGGAGAUGAACGACUGGGUAUACAACGACGUGAACAACGGGGUGUACAAAUCUGGAUUCGCUACCACACAAGAAGCCUACGAAAAAUCCGUAACAACCCUCUUCACCUCCCUCGACCGCCUAGAAUCCCACCUCUCCUCCUCCACCACGCCCUACCUGCUCUCCGCGCCCCACAUCACAGAAGCAGACGUCCGCCUCUUCACAACAAUCAUCCGCUUCGACCCCGUCUACGUCCAGCACUUCAAGUGCAAUAUCCGCGACAUCCGCUCCGGCUACCCGCACCUGCACACGUGGAUGAGGCACUUGUACUGGGAUUAUCCGGCGUUUAGCGAGACGACGCAGUUUGAGCAUAUCAAGAAACAUUAUACGAAGAGUCAUGGGCAGAUCAAUCAGUUUGCUAUUACGCCUGUGGGGCCUGUGCCGGAUAUUUUUGGGAAGGAUGAGGGGGUUGCUGCUUUGGGGGGGAAGUGA